AUGGAGCUGGACUGCGAUUGGCCCACAGCCUCACCCAGCUCUGCUGUUCUCUUGGCCAUGGGCACAAGAUGGACUUGCCAUGGACCUUCCCUAUUCGUGCUCUUCUGUUAUGGGCAGCUCUUGCCUUGGCUCAGGACCGAGGAUGAUCAGAGCUUAGACAAGUUCUACAAUGAGACCGUGGCAAAGGCGUUCCUGCAGUUUUAUGAACAUACCGCCCAGAUUGUGUGGAACCAGUUCAUGGAGGCCACGUGGAACUAUGUCACCAACAUCACCAAGAAAAAUCGGGAGGAGAUGCUGCACAAGGACUCAGAGAGGUCCCGGCACAUGCUGUACUUUGGCACCCGGGCCCGCCUGUUUAAGACCUCCAGGUUCCAGGACCCGGCUGUGAAGCGCAUGCUGAGUAAGCUGCAGACCAUAGACAAGGCGGCCCUGCCCCAGGACGAGCUCCGGGAGUACAACCAGCUUCUGGCCUACAUGGAGACGACAUACAGCAUGGCCCAGGUGUGCCUGAAUGAGGGACCCUGCCUGCCCCUGGAACCUGACCUCCAAGAAGUCAUGGCCACCUCCCGGGACCAGAAGGAGCUGCUGUGGGCCUGGCAGGGCUGGCGGGAUGCCGUGGGUCGUCAGCUCCGCAUGACCUUUGACCGCUACGUGCAGCUCAGCAACAAGGCUGCAAAGCUCAACGGUUACACAGACAUGGGGGCCUUGUGGCGGUCCAAGUAUGAGUCGGACACGCUGGAGCAGGACCUGGAGCAGCUCUACGAGGAACUGCAGCCGCUGUACUUGAACCUGCACGCCUACGUGCGCCGGGCCCUGCACCGCUACUACGGGCCCGAACUUAUUGACCCGAGGGGGCCCAUCCCCGCUCACCUGCUGGGGAACAUGUGGGCUCAGUCCUGGGUCAACAUCUUAGACCUGGUCCUGCCCUUCCCGAAGAAGCCCCCCGAGGAUAUCACGAAGAACAUGAAAAGCCAGCACUGGAAGCCCUCCAAAAUGUUCGAAGAGGCGGACAAGUUCUUCAUCUCCCUGGGGCUGCUUUCCACCCCUCCCAGCUUCUGGAAAAAAUCAAUGAUGGAAAGGCCGGCUGACGGACGGGAGGUGGAGUGCCACGCCUCUGCCUGGGACUUUUACAAUGGCGAGGACUUCAGGAUAAAGAAGUGCACCGAGGUGACCAUAGAAGACCUGCUCUCCAUCUUCCACCAGAUGGGCCAUAUCCAGUACUUCCUGCAGUACAAGAACCUCUCUAUGAUCUUCCGCGCAGGCGCCAACCCAGCCUUUGAAGAGGCCGUGGGGUCCAUGAUCACCCUCUCGGCCUCCUCCCACAAGCACCUGCUCAGCAGAGGCCUGCUCAGCCACCAGCACCAGGACUCAGAGGAGGAGGUCAAUUUCCUGAUGGGCAUUGCCCUGGAGAAGAUCGCUUUAAUCCCUUUCGCCUACCUGAUGGACCUGUUCCGCUGGAAGGUCUUCGAUGGCACCAUCCGGAAGGACGUCUACAACCAGGAGUGGUGGAACCUCAGGUUGAAGUACCAGGGCCUGUGCCCCCCCAUCCCUCGGACAGAGGAAGACUUUGAUCCCGGUGCCAAGUUCCACAUCUCUGCCAGCAUGCCCUACAUACGGUACUUCCUCAGCCUCGUGCUCCAGUUCCAGUUCCACGAAGCGCUGUGCAAGGCCUCGGGUCACGUGGGCCCCCUGCACCGCUGUGACAUCUCUAACUCCAAGAUGGCUGGGAAGCUCCUGGAAGACACCCUAAAGCUAGGCUCCAGCAAGCCCUGGCCAGAAGUUCUGCAGAAGAUAACCGGCCAGCCCGAAGUGUCCGUAAGAGCCCUCAUGACCUACUUCAAGCCCCUGCUAAACUGGCUGGUCACCGAGAAUGUGCGCCAUGGGGAGAUCCUGGGCUGGCCAGACUUCAGCUGUACCUUUGAAGAAAAAGACACAGACAAGCACUACAGGAAGCCUCCGUGGAUGAGAGCUGAAUGGUGGAGCUGGGACUAGACACCAGUACGAUUGCCAGCCUGCACCCCCAAAAUAAGGGGCAGCCAGGACAACUCUGCCCCCCUAGGAGGCCACACUUGCAGCCUUCCCAUUCCCC